AUGGCUAUCAAGCUAGACAUGACUAAAGCUUACGACAGAGUGGAAUGGCACUUUCUGAAGGCAAUGAUGCGGAAGAUGGGUUUUUGUGAACAAUGGAUACACUGGAUAGCAAGAUGUAUGGAGACUGUAUCGUAUUCCUUUAACUGCAAUGGGGAAGUGAAAGGUUUUGUAAAGCCUAGCAGGGGGAUAAGACAAGGUGACCCUUUGUCACCUUACUUGUUCCUGAUAUGCUCUGAAGGCUUUUCUAACUUACUUCAAAAAGCUGCUGAAAACAAGAGACUAAAAGGAGUGAAAAUCAGUAGGAGAGGCCCAAGCAUCACUCAUCUUUUCUUUGCGGAUGAUUCACUCAUUUUCUGUGGAGCGGAUAAACAGCAAGCUGAGGAGCUUAUGAAUAUCUUACAGGCUUAUGAACAAGCUUCUGGUCAGUUGAUUAACUUAGAGAAAUCAUCUGUGAUCUUCAGUAAGAAUGUGUCUAUUACGCAGAAACAGGAGGAAAACAUUAACAGGCGUCUAGAGAGCUGGAAGAAUAGAUUCUUAAGCCAAGCAGGAAAGGAAGUCAUGCUCAAAUCUGUUACUAUGGCUAUGCCAAUUUACGCAAUGUCUUGCUUCAAAUUGCCAAGGAAGUUAUGUAAGGAUCUCAGCUCAGCUAUGGCAAACUAUUGGUGGGGAGAAGCCAAUGGGAAAAACAAAAUGCAUUGGAUUUCUUGGAAGAAAAUGGCUCAGGAGAGGAAGGAAGGAGGACUGAAUUUCAAAGAUCUGGAAGCUUUUAACAAGGCUUUGCUUGGAAAGCAGAUUUGGAGUACAAGGCACUGCAUCGUGGUUCUGGAAGGGAUUGAUGAGUGUGAGAAUGUGUUGGAAGAAGGGGUACUGAGGAGAAUAGGGAAUGGGGUUAGCACAAAGAUAUGGGAACAUAAGUGGAUUCCACAGGCCCCAAAUGGCAAGCCAUCAACAACUAAGCCACAAAAUUGUAAGUUUGAAACAGUUCAGCAGCUCAUCACUAACAAAAGAUGGAACUCCAACCUGGUUUUCAGACUUUUCAAUAAGUCGGAUGCUAUGAGGAUUCUUAGUAUCCCAGUCAGCCUAGGGGGGAGAGAAGACUCACAUUAUUGGGGAUACAAUGAAGGAGGAGAAUACACGGUGAGGUCUGGCUAUAAGAGGUUUAUGAAAGAGAGCUUAGGCAGUAGCAAUUCUAAGGAAAUGGCUGGUACGAGCAUGGAGGGGUGCUAUCCAGUCAGAGAGGCAAUUUUCAAGCGAACUGGAGAAGGUGAUCCAGUUUGUAAAGGCUGCGGAGAAGAACCGGAAACAAUUGAACAUACUCUUCUGCAAUGUCCCAUAGCAAAAGCCAUCUGGAAAAUAGCUCCAAUAACUUGGGAGGGGGCUGAUGAUCAGAAAGGAAACUUCCACAAAUGGUGGAGUAGGAUCACAGAGGCGAAGAAUAGACAAGAUGGAAGAAACCAUAUGGGGCUUACAGCUAAUAUACUUUGGCAAAUUUGGAAGGAUAGUAACAAAAGGGAGUUCGAGAACCAGGCAGGCUAUAAUCCGUGCAGUGUUAUUCAAAAAGCACACAUGGAAUGGCUGGAGAUUGUGGAGUUAGAUUCGAAGAAGGAGCCUCAGAGCACAACAGAAACAGUGGUACCGGUGGAUGUGGACAGUGUUGCACCAGAUAGCCACGAAGGGGUAAAUCUGAGAGUGGCAAUCAAAACCUCUAAGAGAAAUGCAGUACUGGGUAUUGGAGUUUCUGUGCGUAGAGUACCAAAUGAGGCACAGGAAAUAUGGGCCUUAAAAGACAGAAGCUCGGGUGACCACAUCAUUGAUGAGGCUACAGCAAUCAAGCUAACUUUAUGCAAAACUUUGGACAGACAAUGGAGUACCAUCUCAGUACAAAUUCGUAACAAAGGACUGCUGAAGCUACUCAAGCUAGGUAAAGCUUCGGACUGCAGAAUGACAACACUGAUUGAGGAUAUCCUUAGCUUAAAAUCACUGUUUCGAAUGUGCUCAUUUUGUUUAGACAAUGAUGAUGAUAACAUAGAUUGUAACAGUGUUAGUUCUUAUGCCCAAGGCAUUUUGUUGGAUGAGGAAUUCCUUGUUCCUUCGUGUCCUUGA